AGGGAGGGAGGCUGCAGUCGCGCCGUGGAACUCCAUUACCCACAUUCCCUUGCGCGCGUCAACAGCAACAGCUAGGAUGCUGCGAUAUCUCCGGCAGCCAAAGAUCGCAGUGGCUGCAGAGAUUCGGCUGCUGAACUGAAAAAACACCUCUCUGGUUGAUGUCAAAUCCGCCGCACGUACACACGGAGGCUUCGGGCUCCUAUCGAAUCUGCGGCCGGGUUAGAGGAGAGACGCUUGCACCUCGCUAAUGCGUUAGCUAACUGGGAAGGGAGAAGGAGGGGGAGACAAAUCACAGUUUAAUCGCUAGUGGGGGGGAAUUAAAUAGCCACACGGUCAGAGAUGUGGCGACUGGCGUCGGUUCCGGUUGAAUGAGGAUGGAAAGAUAUUUUCCGGGCGACGCUAUCGUUGAAGUUUCACGUCGGAAACACAUCGCACCCGUGAGCCGCUAUCUUCAGAGGGUAACCUGGAUAACCUUACACGCGAAAUGUCAUAGCGCGUAAGCGGCUAGCACGGAGCUAGCUCGGCUCGGACGGGGAUGGAGACGGACCCGAUGUUCCCAGCGGUAUCCUCCGACCACGGGCGGCUGCUGCAGGGAUAGCUGAGGAGCAGGACUUUUCUCCCGGAGAUGCUCUAGCCUCCCCGGGUGGUGUUAUUCACUCCUUACGUAACAGCAGCUUCAGCCGCUCCGGCUACAUCACCAGCGACUGGCUCGUGUUGGCGAAGCGAAUGGGAAAUAUCGCCUGCUGAAAACCUCCACAUCAGCACAAGAGGAGAAAGGAGAGAGGGGGUGGUGGGGGGUGCAGUGCGUGUUUUUAAGGCUGAAAAUAGACUCGUUGUUGGGUUCACGGUCUGCGUGAGUGCAACCACUCCGUGCGUGGAGACACCAGCAGCUCACCCUCCGCCCUGUGUGUCUCCUCGGACACCAUGAGGAAGUUCUUCGAUUCCCGUCGGGAGUUGGUCAGCUCCGGGCCCGGCUCCGGAGGUGGCGGCUCCGGGUCCAGUCACGCAGGCGGAAAUUUCAUUGGACGAGCCUUCACCGUCGGGCGACACCAAGUCACCGUGGAGGAGACCGUGGCUGAAGGUGGUUUUGCGAUUGUGUUCCUCGUGCGAACAAAUCAAGGGCUGCGUUGUGCCCUGAAGCGGAUGUACGUCAACAAUGAGCAUGAUCUGCAGGUGUGCAAACUCGAGAUCCAAAUAAUGAAAGACCUUGUCGGUAACAAGAAUAUUGUUGGCUAUCUGGACUCCAAUAUCACUGCUAUGGGAUCAAGGGAUGUAUGGGAGGUUCUCAUACUUAUGGACUAUUGCAAAGGAGGGCAGGUGGUCAAUUUGAUGAACCAGAGGCUGCAGACCGGCUUCACCGAGGUCGAGGUGCUGCAGAUCUUCUGUGACACGUGCGACGCUGUUUCUCGUCUGCACCAGCGCAAGUCACCCAUCAUCCACAGAGACCUUAAGGUGGAGAACAUCCUCCUGCACGACAAGGGUCAUUAUGUGCUGUGUGACUUCGGCAGCGCCACUAACAAGUUCCAGAGUCCGCAGACCGAAGGAGUUGCCACGGUGGAGGAAGAGAUCAAAAAAUACACCACUCUAUCAUAUCGUGCCCCUGAAAUGGUUAACCUGUACAACAACAAGAUUAUCACCACAAAAGCAGAUAUCUGGGCACUGGGUUGUUUGCUGUACAAGCUGUGCUUCUUCACUCUGCCCUUUGGUGAAAGCCAGGUGGCCAUCUGUGAUGGCAGCUUCACCAUUCCAGAUAACUCUCGCUACUCUUACGAUCUUCACUGCCUCAUUAGAUACAUGCUGGAGCCGGACCCAGACAAAAGACCAGAUAUCUACCAGGUGUCCUUCUUUGCUUUUAAACUAGCUCAGCGGACCAGCCCUGUUCAGAAUGUGAAGAAUUCUCAAAUUCCCUCUAAACUUCCUGAGCCAAUCAAAGCGAGUGAGGCUGCGGCAUUAAAGAAGAACCAGGCUAAGCCCAGACUGACAGAUCCUGUUCCCACCACUGAAACCUCCAUCACCCCUCGCCAGAGGCCCAAAGCAGCCCACACCCAGGCUGCUGCAGGCAUUCUACCCAUCCAGCCUGCUGCCCUCACCCCGCGCAAACGGCCUAAUAUCCCUGUUGGUGCCGCUCAGCCCAUUGGAGUCAGCUUAAACCUCGCUCAGCCCACUGCAGCUCUGCAGUCACAGAAAGCGCAGACUUCUGCUCUGCCUCUCAUCCAGUCGCAAAACCAUUCCGGUCCGGCUGUGGCGCUGCAGAAACAGGUCGUGCUGCCAGCCGCAGUUACAGGAGCAGAGCCCCCCCCAGUAGCAGUAGUAUCACCAGUGAUCAAGAGUGACAUCCAACCUCAAGCUCAGCCAACAGUCCAGCAGCAGACCACGACUCCCUCUGUGGUCAGCUCCUCCUCCCAGCAGGCAGCAGUGACUCCAUCCAGCCCGGCCCCGCCUCAGCGUCCAGCCCGUCGCAAGCAGGGUAGCCAGCCUCAGCAGCCAGCGGCUCAGCCUUCGCCCAGCAAACCGGCCUCUGCUCAGCCACCUGUAUCUCAGCCCUCAGCUGCCUCCACUGAGAUCGGCCAAAAAUCUGCUGAGACGACUCCACCUGCUUCUCCAAAGACAACUGAAGAGCGAGGGCACCAACGUGUCCCGAGUGACGCCACAGAGAGUAGCAUCGCUGCAGUUCCAGUCACUGACUCUAAGCAGCUGCAGGGAGUUAAUGGAGAUGCUGCUCUUAACCUAUCACUUACAUCUCAGCCAAGCAACACCCAGCAAGUUCAACAAGGUGCUGGAGACGCAGUCCAGGACCAGAACAAAGCUGGAGCCGCUGCUCCUGCCUCCGGCGGUGCAACCAUCACUCCGACCCAGACGUGGAACCCCUUCGACGAUGACAGCUUCUCCAACAACUUCUCCAACCUCACUGCUGAGGAAUUCAAAUCGGAAGACAAGAAGCCCAAAGACCUACCUUCGCAAACUGAGACAUCAUAUUCUGAAGAGUUGAUACCAGGCCUGCAGGCCUUGACUGUGGAAAACGAAUCCCAGGAAACAAUUGAAAGAGCGUCGGCCAUCGUAGACUCGGGAGCUUCGCUGUUGGCUGUAGCAGAUCCUUUCUGUGCCCUGGAGCUGUUGGAUGCACCAGAGAAGCUGAUUGAAGGACUCAAAUCCCCCGACACAUCUUCCCUCCUGCUGCCUGACCUCUUGUCUUUGUCGGAUCCCUUUGGUGGCUCCAUGGAAGAGUCUGCAAAAGACUCCCUCACUGCAGACGACUCUCUCCUGGGCUGCUCCCUGAUCUCUGCUCCGUCCGCCCCCCAAGCAGCGAGCAGCGCCACCUCCUCUGUAUCCUCAGCCCCCAGCUCCGCUGCCUCCGCUCUGGAUGAUUUCAGUCUGUUGUCUGGAGACUCCACGCAGCCUAAAGCAGAAUCGUCUCUCCUGAUCUCGGACUUUGAGCCUCAACAAGCCAGCGGAGAGGUCGGCACUGAGGAUGAGUUUGAUCCUAUUCCCGUCACAGGGCGGAAGAACUCCCAAGACCUGCAGAGGGAGCUCCACAGCAAAGCACCGACAGGCUCCGGAGCGUCUGUCCUGCUCCAGCUGUCUGAGGAGCAGCAGACGAUGGCUGCUGCGUGCGUCCAUAACAAACACACGUUGCAAUCAGAUGAGACGAGCACACACCACCAUGUGACACCAGCUCCUUUCACCAGUUUACCCCCCCACCCCGUCAGUGGCCCGGUCACCUCUGACGUCUUCCAGCUGGCUCCCUUCAGAACACCUGGAAGAGAAAGCGGGGCGUCCUCCGGCAGCUCCUCCUCGUCUGCGUCCCGUAAACCCACCGAGGCGUCCGAUGUGUUCCUCCAGGCGCCGUUCGGGAAGAGGCCGGAAACCGCAAAAGCUAAUGCUCAGUUAUUUAAAUGUGGAACGCAGCACAUUCAGAGUCACCUGGUCCCCUCUGCAGCGUCUGUCCCCGGUCCCCAGCCCCUCGGCUCCCGGGGCCCUCCGCAGCCUCUCGUGCUCCAGCAGCCGGUGGCGGUGCACCGGGUCGUGUCCAGGAUCGGGCAGCGGGCCGCGGUGGGCUCCGUGGCCGUGGGGCCGCUGCACUCCUGGACCAUCGGGGGACGAGCUCUGGAAGACCCGUUCGUUUCUGCACCUUUCCAUCCGAGGUGCUCCCAGGGGAAACCUUGAGGAUGUGUAACCGUCCAUUAACAAAAUGCCAAGUCAAGAGCUUUUAUUCUGCAACUAAUGAAGGAGCCAAAGUAGAAGUCCGUCGCAGUGUGACGCUUGUUUUUUCUAAUGUGGUCUUAUGAUUAUUGCUUCGGUAGCAAACAGCCUCAAUGAUCCCUUUAACAGCGAAGUACUUCAAAGUUAAUGCUCUACCUCAGUCACGUGAUAGUGGGUCAGUUCAGCACUGUCUGAACUGAGAAGUUAUUCACAGGACCGACAGUGGGUUGAUCUGGUUCUCAGUGCCCUCGUGCUGAAAACUCGCUAGGACACCAAAACCCUUUUUUUAUAUAAUUUCUUUGACCAGAUAUCUUUAACUUUUAUUCCAUUUUUUUUUUUUUAAUACUUGGUGUAUCUGAAGUGAUCCUACCUUAUUUAUAUCUAAAACAUGUAUCUUGAGGGGAAAUAUUCACAGCAUCUGAAACGAAAUAUCAAGUUACUGCAUUCAUUUGAGUUCUCAUCAAUUUAGCUGAAAAUGCAAUGAGUUCGAUUUCUGUUUUCUAACAUCCAUCCUGUCUUAUUGCCAUUUAGACCUUUACACUUAGUGAACCUUUCAUAUCAGUGUGGGAAUGUGGUUCCAGGCUUGUGUUUACAUUCAGCAUCGAUGCUUCAGCAGAUACCAAACAUUUUUCCACAAGAUAAAGAAAACAAAUGAAAUUAAAAUGGAAGAGAGGGGGGGGGGGGCAUUUUAGCAGUUGCAGCUUUCAUGUAAGGGAAUUUUUAUCAAUAUUUAAAGGAACCCCAAAUUGGAAAUGAGCUUAGUCAACCUGCUUUUAGAGGAUGUUGCUGCCAUUUCCCCACACACUCUGAGCAGUGUUUUUAGACUUUUGUGGUUGUUUUGAAAUGAGUUUGUUACUUUUGUUUUUGUCUUUGGUUUUAGUAUUUUUGAAUGAAACAUAUCAUGUAUGUGGUGAAGUAAAUCAGACAGUACAGUAAGAAGUCAGCAGCAUCUCUACCGAGCCAGGAUUCGGAUAAGUUUCUUCUUAAAGUGAUAAUAUUUGAAUACAUUUUUCUUUAUUAUGCUUCAGACCAUGUGGCAGAGACUUAAAAUAAUAAUAAUACCGUAAUGCCUUUUAUUAGCAGCAUUUUGUGCAUGCAUAGUAUUUUCAUUUGUAUUUUCUGACAUUUGAAACUUGACAUCAGUGAAAAUUAAUCUGUAUUAAAGUUUUAUAAAUAUAAUUGCAGUAAUUUGGUGGUAGUGUGUUUAAGGUAAAUACUAGUUUCUUGUCUUAAUUGCUGCUUCAUUACCAACUUGUUUCACAGCAGGGGUUCCUGGCCCUUUUGGUUCUACCUGAGAUGAGAUGGAACAACAAUAAGAUAACUGCAGGUUAAGAUGGUUGUUCUGUGUCUCAAAUGGGGCUAGUGGCGUGUUGGGGGACUUUAUAUUCUGAUUCUGCAAUAUAACGGCUGAUGCAUCACAAUUUUACAUUUCUGGUCUUAUAAAACAAGACAAGAGAGGUUAAAUGUAUCGUCUUUCCUUGAAGACUUUUGGUUUGCCUGUUUUUAUAGAGACCAGAUUAUGCAGAUUAAACCUCACGCAGAGGUAAAAUGGAAAAACAGAUAAAAACACCAGACACGAUAAACUUUGUCUGACUGAAUCCCUAAUAAACCAACACGUGUUACAGGUCAGAGCCAUUUCUUUGGGAGGAAAGUAAAUUGAACUUGUGUUUAAGAUGAGCCACUUGAUUUGUUGCUCAACAUCGAGAUUUACUUUCCUGAACCUGGAACAAAAAGAGCACAUGGAAGAAAAGUGGCGAGUACGUCACGGAAAAGAGAGAUAAACGAGGAAAUGGAUAAAUAUUGAGGUUUUUGUUACCACCACCUGGGAGAAUAUGUUUUAACCCCGUGCUUUCUGUUUGAUUGUAAGUAGGAUUAUGCAGAAACAACUGAGCGAAUGUCCAUAAAAUGUUGUGGAGAGGUGGGGCAUGACCAAAGGAAGAACCCAUUACAUUUUCCUGCUGGUAUUUACAUAACAUUGUGUGAUCGGACGAUUUUCUUACAUUUACGUUGAUUUCUCAGAGAACAAGUCAUUGAUCUUGAGCUUUAGGGGACUGAUCUUUCUCUGUGUGCAAAGUUUCAGGCUGUUACGUGCUUCAGGAUUAUUUUUCCCAUUUACCCUGGACUUUCAUGGAUUUUCCAGAUGACGUUAUAUAAUGAAAACCCGAAUGAAAAGCAGAGAGGCUGAUGGAUCUGAUCAGAGAAGAUCAGGAAGGAGAAUUUAUUUCAUAAAUCAAAAAGAACUGUGCAAAGUGCAUAAUCACUGCUACUUGAGCUAAGACACAUUUUGCAAUGUUCUCCUUUUUGUAGACGUAAAGAUGUAACAUUCUAUAUGUUCAUAUUGUCACCUGCAAACAAACAGGUGAAAAACCUAAACUCAAGUUUCCCAUGCUCAACAUUAAGUCUAUAUAAGUUGUCUUUGCGGUGCUGGUCUCUGUAAAAGUGUUAAACAGUGUAAAUAUCUCUUCCAGAUCUCCAUGGCGUCACAGUUGGAUUUUUAUUUUAUUGUAUGCCUGUAACCCGACUGCCUGCCUCUGCUUCUGGCUCUUUUCUCAGACACGCCCUCAUGAGCUCACCGGCCACAGGGCUGCGAGUCCGACUGUGUGCGUCUGCGAAAGCAUUUCCUAUUGAAGAAAGAACUGAGACCAAGUACAGCACAUGGAAAAGAUAUUCUGUAUAUUUGGGUUUAUUUUAGUCUGAUCUGAGUGGAACAAAGCUCAGCUGACUGGAUAUUCCAUGUUGCAUAAUCCCAAACCCUGAGAAAAUAGUUUUUAUAUAUAGAGAGAAGCUCUGUAGACAUCCCUCCUAAAAUGGAAACAAUUUACACCAAUUAUUUCAGAGUAUUUUUGUAAAAUAAAUGAAUAAAUUCAAUUUCUUCAUCGCUCCAAUGAUUCAUCCCCUUUCCAGCUGUAUAUGCUUGUGCAGUAUGAAGCUUUCCUGCACUGCCAGCCAGGAAAGAAGAGAAAACCAUCCAGGAUUUUCUUUCCUUUCAAGAAAAUUCCUCCAGUUCUCCCACAUCGGAUGUUUCCCGGAUUCUCUUCAUUGUGCCCAGUCAUCUCGGAGGGACAUUGGGGGCAUCAGCUUCAACUCACCUCCUCCUCUCCCGAUGACAAAGAGAUCAAAUCAGCCACUCAGCAGAGAAAUCUUCAUUUUUA